UAUCUGAAAAUAUGACAUUAGUAGCUCAGCUUGUUAUUUUUAUCGCUUUGGUUUCAUACCAAAUAAUAAAUAAGACGACUGCAUCUGUAAUAGAUGUUAGAAAUUUGGAUGAAGAUGACCUUAUUGUAAAACUAUUAAAGCCCCCAAGUAGAAUUCGCGGACACAUAUUAAAGAGUCGAUUCGGACAAGACUUCUAUGCCUUCCAAGAUAUUCCUUACGCCCAGGCACCAACUGGUAAAAAUCGUUUUAAGCCAGCAAUAGAAUUAGAAGGAUGGCAAGAAAUACUUGACGUAACUAGUAAUAAAAAGAAAUGUUCUCAGCCCAAAUCACCAUAUCCAAUUGAUUCACUGGUAGAAACUGAAGAUUGUUUAGUUGUGAAUGUCUAUACUCCUGUGAUACCUAGUACUAACUCUUCUUUGCCUGUGUACUUUUGGAUCCAUGGAGGAGGUUUUAAUACAGGUGAUGGGGCAAAUACUACAUAUGAUCCUAAAAAUUUUAUGGACUUUGGUGUAAUAGUUGUAACAAUUAAUUACAGGCUGGGCGUCUUAGGCUUUCUGUCAACCGACGAUGAAAAUAUUCCUGGAAAUUUAGGUUUAAAAGAUCAACAAUUUGCUCUUAAAUGGACUUACGAUAAUAUAGAAGCUUUUGGUGGGGAUCCAAAACAAAUCACCAUAGGAGGUGAAAGUGCAGGAGGUUCAUCAGUUAGCUAUCAUUUAUUACAUACUGGAAAUAAAGAUAUGAUUAAAGGCGUUAUACAAGAAAGCGGUUCUGCACUUAACACAUUUGCAUACCAGAUUGAUUGUAGAGAGAAUGCUUUUGCAUAUGCCAAGCUUCUUGACCAAACGUUUACCUCAAAUAGCUCUCAAGAUUUACUGGAACUUUUACAGAAAACUCCAGUAGAAACUUUAAUAGAAACUCAGUCUAAUAUGCAUUCGGACGAACUCUUAGGUUUUAUGAAUGGUGAUUAUUGGAAGCCCAUUAUUGAAAGUGGCAGUAGUAUUGAUGCUUAUGUAACUGGACCCAUGCAAGAAAAUUUUAUGAAGGGAAAUUUUCUUAGGGUACCUUCUCUUAUCGGUUUUAACUCAGAGGAAUCAUUAACAUUUUUAAUUGGAAUGGCUGAUGAUAAAUAUGAGAAAAGUGUGAAACAAUUUGAUGAGCAUCCCGAACUUAUGAUAUCGAAGAAGUUAAAUGUUCUUGGAGAGGAAGUAAAAGAUGUAGUUCAAGAUUGGAAGAAAAUUUAUACCGAAGUACCAUUUGCGCAAAACAAAGCUGCGUUUGUAAAAUAUAGUAGUGAUGCUGGUUACAUUCAUCCCACAACACGACAAGCACAGCUGACCUCACAAUUUGUUCCAGUUUAUAUGUACCAAUUUGCAUAUGGAAAGCAAUUCUUAAAUGUAUCAGGUACGGAGCAUGUUGGACAUGCAGAAGAGUUAAUGUACUUGUGGAAUAUACAAUUUCUUCCUGUAGUGAUUAAUGAACAAUUCCGUAGCACUCUUGUGACAUUUUGGACAAACUUCAUUAAAAACCAAAACCCUACACCAUUUCAUGAUGGCAGCAUUAUGUGGCCUGAAGUUGAACCAAAAAAUUUACAAUAUCUAAAUAUUAAUGAAACCCUGGAAAUAAAAACUCAUCCAAGAAACUUUCUGGAAGUAAAAGAAAUACGAGAGAGAUGUAUAAUAGAACCUUAUACAAUAUAUUAAAUUUUAAGGUUGUAAAUAAAAUAUAGCUAUAUUUA